GCAGAACGAAGUUGAACGCGAACGUGUAGACGCGCUCGCGCGGGACAGUGCGCGGACAGUGUGAGCAGCGGGCGAGUGAGCGAACGUUGCUACACGCCGGGUUUGUGGACUUUGCCGAUUUUUGCUCGGCUGUCAGACCGUAGAGCGCCCUACUCUCUCGCAGCGCGUGAAAGCGGUGCUUCGUGAGUGACGCCCCUAAGCACGAUCACGCCUCGCGCGUAUCUCUCUUCGCCGCCUGUGGCUCUAUCUGUUUCUUUCUCUCUCUUUCUCUUUUGCUGUCGACGACGCGAGCCUGUCUUUCUCUCUCUCUUUCUCACUCACGUUGCUCCGAUCUGUCAUCCUUUCUUUCUCGCGUUGUCUCUCUCUCUCUCUCUCUCUCUCUCUCUCUCUCUUGUUCCUUCGCUGCCGCGCGCUCGGGAUCCGCGUGCUCGUCUCUUUCCCGUCGCGGUACGCUCGAUAAUCGUACACUCCGCAGGACAACGACGGCGAUCGCGACACGACGAACGGUGACGUUCGUCGCGACACUGACGUUUUUGCCGCCGAUCGGCCGCGUCGCGUGUGCACCACCAGUUGCGUGUUGCGUAACUGCAUUUUACAACGAGAGAGCCCGCCGCCUCCUCGCCACGAGUCCCGCGGGUGCAUCGGCCCUGUCCCUCCCGCGCCCGUCCCGCCUCUCCUCACCGUCAACAGUUUGGCGCUACGAAACCUUGGAAUCUGACGUUUCGAGCACACGACUUCGCUCUGCACUGAGUUCCGCGGAGCACGUGAUAGUAGCGCGGUGGACGCGCGGCUGAAGAGGCGGAAGUAUCCGUUGACCAUGGCGGCGGGAACGUGCCAAUUCGCCUGAGGGGACAGUAUCCGCAGAAAUCCGUAAGGAUGGUGCUGGUGGUGGGCGGGGUGGUCCUGCAGGAAGAGAUUCCCGCGGACAGCAGGUCCCUGUACGCGGCUCAUCCGGUAUAUCGCGAGAGCGCGGCCCAGCUGCACUCGAUGCCGGCGAAGCUCGUGGGCCCGGUGGGCCUCCUCUACGUCCAACAACGAGAAAUGGCUGCGACGCUGCCGCACGACAAGAACGUGAGCAUCCUCGGUUCGGACGACAUGACCACAUGCAUAAUCGUUGUCGUCAGGCAUUCCGGCUCGGGCGCCGCCGCUCUGGCGCAUCUUGACGGCUCCGGAACGGAAGAUGCCGCGGCGGCAAUGAUCCAGAGGGUAACGGAACUCGCCCUCGGAUAUCCCGAAGGUCGCCUAGAACUGCAGUUGGUCGGCGGCUAUUCCGAUCCGAGAAACUACUCCGAGGAAUUAUUCUACAAUAUACUUUCCGCGUUUCACAAACAACCGGUGGAGAUCGAUCUAACGCUGUGCUGCGUUGGCGAGCUGAAUACCACCGUGAGAGGUGGAAUUCAUUGGCCGCUGAUCUACGGUAUCGGCCUGAACGUGAAGACGGGCGAAAUCUUUCCCGCAACUUUCCCCGACAAAGGCCCAGAUCAGGCAUUGAGGUGCGCCAGACAAUUGACCGGGGGUCAACAGGUUUUGGACAUAUACGAUUGCGCUCUGGGAUUACUUAGAAUCGGCCCGUUUAACUACGACCCCCUGCGUGGCGUGGAUCUCUGGCUGGCGCAAACCGAUCAGUUCAUCCUGCAGCACCUGUCUACGUCACCGGAAGUGGAGCAACCACACUUCGUAUCGCAGGUACGGGCGACGCUCAAGUAUAUCCAAGACAAUCAAUUUCCGGCCGUCACCGUUUUCCGAGACAACAGACCUCACUAUUACCGUCGGGACGAAACCACCGGUGUCUGGCAGCCGAUGCGAUACUGAAGAUUCAACAAGCCACGGAUUCGUUUUAGGGCUUGCGUGGUGAUUGUUCGACGAAAUUUUCGAGCGACACGAAGUAUAAUAUUAAAUUCGCGGAUCGAUGAAGCGUACGGAGCAGGACGAUCAAACUGUAGGAAUUUAAAUCAAUUAGUCGAAUUUGGUACUGCGCCUUCUGGAGAUCGCGGUGUCUUCGCCAAAGUUGUUUAAGCCCUAAUGAGCCCGUUUGAAAAAAGAUUGACUCGCAUUUACGAUUGGCGAGUAAAUUGCGGAAGUCGGCGUGCAAUAAUUGCAGCCUUCGUCAGCUAGCAAUUAUCUGUGAUCGACGAGAAAAGGACGUCCGAUCAGGAAGAAGCCGUGGGAUCGAGUAUCGAUCGAAAUGGUCGUAAUCAGCGCGUUGGUCGAUGCCUUAAGGCCUGCUCACACCGGAAGACGUCUUGCGAGCUGUUUGAAGCCAAGAACGCGGAGCAUUUGGAUUAUGCAUUACCAAAUGCGAUUUGUAAUAUUUACGAAUAAAAUUGUCAAACAGUAUAGGUUCAUUCUAUUAUCACAAACUAAACUAUGAGAAAAAUAAAAUAAAAUAAAAAUGAUUUUUUGACAAUUUUCCGAAAAUUUUAAUAUACAUUGUUCCGCAUUGAAUAGGAGAUAAUGCAUAUUUUACUUACGUUUUACAUACGUUUUAUAUCUAUUUGAUACGUUUUUUUAAAAUGACGUAAUUAGAUAAGAAGAUAAAAAAAUUUUCCCGUCGUGCAGUUAUCGCAAAAAAUUUUAGAUGAUUUUAUCGAAAUUGUUUUAGAUGAACUUUUAAAAAGCAAAAGACAACUUCAAUUCUUCAAUUAAAAAAAAAAGAGAAAGUAAAGACGAUUAAUAAUAAAGCGAAGCUUAUUAAUACAUAAAUGAUUUGUCUUUUCUCAAAUUAAAUUUUACAAAUGACGGCCUAUAUUGAUUUUUAGUUUGAGAUUUUUAUAAUGCCUCGGGAGUUUCAUCGGAAAUUCUAGAACACUUGCCGUAGCACAAGCGACCGAAGCAAUAAUCGAAAUUCGAUUUUUCGCUUGUUAGACAACUUUUUUCUGACUUAAGAAUAUAUAUGACUUUUGAAAAAUUUUACAAAGAAACAGAAAAAAAUUUUAUAAAAUACAUUACAUGAGCAUCUUUCUCUUUCCUUAUUGCACACAUUGUACAUACAUAUACUUUUUAUAUCUUAAAAGUAGUAAAAAGUAAUACGUAUGCAUUAAUGUGCGGCGCACGACAACUUCAGUUGUGAAUAGGCCUACACGUGCUGAAUAUAUUGGCAUUGUUGAAUUUUAUCUUUUUGUUAGAUGCUUAUAUUACGUGGACAACGGUCGAAUUUUGGUCGUUACUAUAAAAUGUUAUUAGUCGUACGCAAUCGUUACGAUCGUCGUUGAACGUUCUCUCCGUAUUAACUUUUUUGUUGCCAGAACGAGAAAAUAACGGCACUCUCAUCGCGCAUUUAGCAAUGUAACUUUUUUACUUUCCUUUACAUCACGUGCAAUCACGUCGAGUCAAAUAACUAACUCGGUAGUAAAAUAAAAUCUCAUUUGGUGCUAAGCGCGCGACUGAAAGUACGAUUCUAUGCAUAUGCGCGAGGAUGCUUGUUCUUUUUUCUCUUCCUGUUUUGUUUUUUCAGCCGAAUUGCGAAAGUUCGAGCAACGAAUAAUUCCGUAUUUGCCAUAAUAAAAGGAAGAAAGUUAGACGAAAGGUAGAGAAGCGAUGUAGAAGAGAUGAUGUAUAUAAUAUUUUCAGGGUUGUGCCCGAGUCUUUCGGGUGAGGGAAAGUUCCUUUGCCUCGACGCAGUUAGUUCCGCGAGGGAACGCGAAUCCCUCCAAAAAUUCAUACGCAGAUUAAUGAUCGUGUACAAGCCGUUGAUGUCUCGCGGGAAUUUUACUAAAAUUUUACUAAAAUAUUUUAUGCAUUACAUGUCGAAAGACAUCUGUUUUAACUCUUUCUCUCGCAAGAUAUUUACGUGAUUGCAUUGAAUCGUUAACGUAGGAUAGAUGCCUAAGGUAAAUUGUUUCCUGUUGCGUGAUCGAACGACUUAACCGCGCGAGACGGAUGCGUACGAAAUUGUCGAGAUUAAUACACAAAUGCAUAAUAUAAUGGGGCAAUUCCAUCACUCUGAAGAUCGUGUGAACGUCCGAUAUAGAUUUUCCUAUUUGUUGUUAGAAAGCACGGGCGUGCGAUUGCGAUCGAAGAAUCAAAAUGAUGAGGCCUUCCCUUACCUGUGGAUUCAUCGAUUAAGCCGAAAGAAAAUCACCCUCCGGAUAGCAUUCGAGAGCACAGCUCUACGAAAAAAAAAAUUUUAUAUCUCGACAUUUGAAUAUAAUGUUCAUGAAAGAAUUCAGAAACUCAAUUAUUCAAUAUUAUUAUUGAGUAUUCUCUCCAAUGGGGUGAAUAUACUAUGAAGAAAUUUAUUUCUUAAAUAACGUAAAAAAUUUCUUUCAAAGCUAUGGUCUCGAAGCUUUGGUGUAGUGUGUAAAGGAAGGGUGCACAAUUUUCCAUUGUUCUAGUGAUACAUAAGCUAAUUGAGGUUGAUAUUAAUAAUAACGAUGACGACGAUUAUCAUGAUGCUAUUGAUAAUAAUAUUUCCUAGAAAUCGAAGAGAUAUAUUUUUACUAUAUUAUGUAAAGAAAAAAAGAAGAGCGAAUGCACUCGCGAUGACGAAGCUCUCAGGAUCGAACUUGCGACCUGCUUUCCCUUCCCAUUCGAUCUACGCGAGUAGAAAAAGUAUGGCGGGUGGUUUGCCACUUAUUUUGUUGCUUCUGCCAAGAAAAUAUACGGCUUUUCUUGCUUGCGUCAUGAAAACUUCUCGGUGCAGCAAUACAAGUUACAUAUAUAUUUCUCUUUUUUUUUAAGUUCACCGUAUCGUUUUUUCCUCUUUUUUUGCCCGUACCUCUUCCUUUCCUCUCAUGGUAGCCUUUCCGUUCGAUCUCUAUCGCAUUCUUUCUCGCGUUACGCAGACGCAAUCUUACUACAUAAUAUUAUUUGGUGAUAUAUUUAUACAAUAAACGAUGAUAGACUAUAAAA